CGACAGAUGGUAUUCUGAUGGUUAUAUUUGAGGGAUGUGAAAAAACAUAUAGGUUGUGUUAGAUUACACGCUGCAUGUCAAUCCACAGGUUUAACGUGUGCACAAAAUUUCCAUCGUAAUACGAUGUAAAAUAACACUGACUUUUUUUACAGUGUACCUUAAUUGUGAUUAAAAAAAAAAUGUCAUAUGCAUUAAAAAUUAACAGGUGUUUUUUUAAAUAAAUUUUCAGAUUUAUAGGUUAUGUCUCCUAUUCAAUGAAACUGUCAAACCUGAAACGUCAAAUAGUUUUUACGUCAUUGAAACAAAUAUCGUGCACAGUACAAAAAUAAUAUUCUUGUAUUUAUAUAAUUAUUUGAAAAAAAUGAGUGAUAAAGGACAAAAUUUAGAUGAACCUGAUGCUGAGGUGAAUAAUGAAAGAGUUGAUAAUGCAAAUUUAGGUCGAUAUUUUAGUAACACAACACAUACUAUUUUUGACGAAUUGGUCUCAUCAGAAAAAUCUGAUGCAUUUGCAACUGUUAAAAAUCCAGUAUUUGAUAUUCCAACAACAUCUCCAAGUGGAUUUUUCGAUAAUGAUCAAGAAUUAACUGAGCCUUUGCAAACAAAUGAUUUUCAACGAGAUGUUUGGAUACCUUCAGAAAAUACGACAAAAAUUCUUAGGACUAUUGCUACUUCAACUAAUGGAACAAAUUCUAUCAGCAGGGAAUUAUUGACAAUGCCAGGAUUAGCGAUACAAGAUGAUAUGAUUGAUCCAACAAAGGGGGCAGUUUUACAUAUUUUAGGUGAGGAUGAAUUUUCAAAUAGAAAUAUAUUAACAGCAUCCGAUGUAACUCAAGAUGAACGUGGCUUGAGAAAUUUAAUUCAAAUGGGUUGUUAUCGUGCCGCAGUGAAUCUCACUGGUCGUUUAUUAGCCGUUUAUGGACAAGGUUAUGGUAAAAUAAAUUUACCAAGUAAACAUACACCAAAUUCUCUUCAAUUAUGGUUCACUCGACUUUCACUUUUAACUAAAUUACGACAAAUUGAAAUUCUUGAAAAUGAAUCAAAAGCAUUUGGAAAUCUUGACAAACCCGAUAUGUAUUUUAUUUAUUAUCCUGAACUUUAUGGCACAAAACCAGGAUCAAUGGCAUCAUUUUCAUUUCGCCUUUUAUUAGCGGAAAUUCCUAAUUAUUAUGGAAAAUCAAAACAAACAAUAGAUAAUCUUUAUCAAAUUUUAGCAAUUGUUAAAAGAAUAAUAAAAAAUUUAAAAUCAGGUCUCAAUGGAGAUGGAAGCGAAUUAAAAUCGAAUUUAAAUAAACAAGAUGAUGCUUUAAGAUUAUGGAAUGGACGAAAAUGUAGAACGUUAAUUUCAAUUGUUAAUUGUUCUAUAGGAAUGAAAAAUUAUGUAUUAGCAAAUGAAAUUCUUGAGAAUUUAUAUUCAUCAAUGGAAUGGAAAAAAAUUGAAGCUGAAACACUUAUGUCAGCUAUUGGUAGAGUACAUCUUAUAUUGGGUGAUGUUUCAGCAGCUGAAAAACAAUUUUUAAUAACAAGAGAUACACCACCAUCGUCAAAAGUUGUUAGAGAACUUGUUGAUCGAGGAUUAAUGGCAGUUGCACAAAAUGCAUUUCAAGAAGCAUUAAAUUGCUUUCAAAAUGCCUCAGUUUUAGAUCCAUCAAAUGUAAUGUUAAAUAAUAAUAUUGCCGUUUGUUUAUUAUACACUGGAAAAUUAGAAGCGGCCGUUCUUCUUAUGGAAAAUGCAAUGAACCGAAAUCCUGUCAAAUGUUUACAAGAAUCGGUAAUUUUAAAUUUAUGCACUUUAUAUGAAUUACACACAACUCAUAGUAAACAAUCAAAAUUACAUUUAUUGAGGCAAAUUAAUAAAUUUAAAGGUGAUUCAUUUGAUAUUGCUUGUCUUCAAUUAGGUACAUAAAUAAAAAAUUAAUUUA